GGAGGGGACAGCGUGAUACCUUUCUGAUCAGGCGUCGCUCCGGGCAGCCUCACCCUUUCCUGGGGCUUCCGUGCGGCAGGAGGGCUCCGUUAUUGCGCCUCCAAGAUGGCUACGCUGUUGGCGGUAAAUUCGGCUGCUAGUCUGUGGGGUCCUUACAAAGACAUUUGGCAAACUGUGGGAAAUGCUCUUUGGAGAAGACAACCUGAAGCUGUCCACCUUCUUGACAUGAUUUUGAAGAAACACAAACCUGACUUCAUCUCAUUGUUCAGAAACCCACCAAAAAAUGUUCAACAACAUGAGAAGGUUCAGAAAGCCAGUACAGAGGGAGUUGCCAUCCAGGGUCAACAAGGAACCCGACUUCUUCCUGAACAGCUCAUUAAAGAGGCCUUUAUCCUCAGUGACCUUUUUGAUAUUGGAGAAUUGGCAGCUGUUGAACUUCUCCUUGCUGGAGAGCACCAACAGCCUCAUUUUCCUGGCCUCACCAGAGGAUUAGUAGCUGUUCUUUUAUACUGGGAUGGAAAGCGAUGCAUUGCAAAUUCCCUGAAAGCCUUGAUACAGUCUCGACGAGGAAAGACAUGGACCCUUGAACUCAGUCCAGAGCUGGUUUCCAUGACAACACGGUUUACUGAUGAGCUGAUGGAGCAAGGAUUGACUUAUAAAGUUCUUACUCUGGUGUCACAGAUUGAUGUGAAUAAUGAGUUUGAGAAACUACAGCGCGAGAGAGGUUUGGGCAGUGAAAAACAUCGAAAAGAGGUUUCUGAUCUCAUCAAGGAGUGCAGGCAGUCUCUGGCAGAAAGCCUUUUUGCCUGGGCUUGCCAAUCACCUUUAGGCAAAGAUGACACUCUGCUCCUUAUUGGACAUCUGGAAAGAGUGACAGUUGAGGCCAAUGGCUCAUUGGAUGCAGUGAACCUGGCUCUUCUUAUGGCACUUCUGUACUGCUUUGAUAUCAGCUUUAUAGAACAAAGCACAGAGGAACGUGAUGAUAUGAUUCAUCAACUUCCACUGUUGACAGAGAGACAAUACAUUGCAACAAUUCACUCUCGCCUUCAAGACUCACAGCCUUGGAAACUGCCUGGGCUGCAAGCCACUGUGAGACUUGCCUGGGCCCUGGCAUUGAGAGGGAUAUCUCAGCUACCUGACGUGACAGCUCUAGCUGAAUUCACAGAAGCAGAUGAAGCAAUGGCAGAGCUUGCAAUUGCUGACAAUGUUUUCCUGUUCCUCACUGAGUCCGUAGUGGUGUCAGAAAACUUCUAUCAGGAGGAAUUUUAUAUACGUAGAAUCCAUAAUCUCAUCACAGAUUUCCUGGCACUUAUGCCAAUGAAGGUGAAACAGUUGAGGAAUCGGGCAGAUGAAGAUGCUCGAAUGAUUCACAUGAGUAUGCAGAUGGGCAACGAACCACCCAUUUCACUUAGAAGGGAUCUGGAACACUUAAUGCUUUUGAUUGGUGAACUAUAUAAAAAGAACCCUUUUAAUUUGGAGCUUGCGCUAGAAUAUUGGUGUCCCUCAGAGCCUCUUCAGACUUCCACUAUCCUGGGUUCCUACCUGGGGGUGGCUCAUCAGCGACCCCCUCAACGCCAGGUUGUCUUGUCCAAAUUUGUUAGGCAAAUGGGUGACCUGUUGCCUCCAACUAUUUAUAUUCCUUAUUUGAAAAUGCUUCAGGGAUUGGCCAAUGGGCCCCAGUGUGCCCACUACUGUUUUAGCCUGCUCAAAGUCAAUGGUAGCAGUCAUGUUGAAAAUAUUCAGGGAGCAGGUGGCAGUCCUGUUUCCUGGGAACAUUUUUUUCAUUCCUUAAUGCUUUACCAUGAACACCUCCGGAAGGAUCUUCCAAGUGCAGAUAGUGUCCAAUACCGUCACCUUCCUUCACGUGGCAUCACUCAGAAGGAGCAAGAUGGAUUGAUUGCUUUUUUACAGCUCACAUCUACCAUCAUUACUUGGAGUGAAAAUGCUCGUUUGGCACUCUGUGAACAUCCUCAGUGGACCCCGGUGGUAGUGAUUCUGGGACUCCUGCAGUGCAGCAUCCCUCCUGUUCUAAAGGCUGAACUACUGAAGACACUUGCAGCAUUUGGGAAAUCUCCUGAAAUUGCUGCUUCCCUCUGGCAGUCACUGGAAUACACUCAGAUACUGCAGACUGUAAGGGUUCCAAGCCAGAGGCAAGCUAUUGGUAUUGAGGUGGAACUAAAUGAAAUAGAAUCCCGGUGUGAAGAAUACCCGUUGACUCGCGCCUUUUGCCAGCUAAUUAGUACCCUGGUGGAGAGCUCCUUUCCUUCUAAUUUGGGUGCUGGACUGCGGCCCCCUGGCUUUGACCCGUAUUUGCAAUUCCUUAGAGAUUCUGUGUUUCUCCGAUUCCGUACAAGAGCUUACCGGAGAGCAGCUGAAAAGUGGGAAGUGGCUGAGGUCGUUUUGGAGGUGUUUUAUAAAUUGCUUCGAGAUUAUGAACCUCAACUUGAAGAUUUUGUAGACCAGUUUGUGGAACUACAAGGAGAAGAAAUCAUAGCCUAUAAGCCACCAGGAUUUAGUCUGAUGUAUCAUCUUCUGAAUGAGUCACCCAUGUUGGAGCUUGCUCUUAGUUUACUGGAGGAGGGCGUUAAGCAGCUUGAUACCUAUGCUCCUUUCCCUGGGAAGAAACACCUGGAGAAAGCAGUGCAGCACUGCCUUGCACUUCUCAAUCUUACCCUGCAGAAGGAAAACCUCUUCAUGGAUCUUCUAAGAGAGAGUCAGCUGGCUCUAAUAGUCUCCCCUUUAGAACAGCUGUUGCAGGGAAUCAAUCCCAGAACUAAGAAAGCUGAUAAUGUGGUGAACAUCGCCAGAUACCUAUAUCAUGGCAAUAGUAAUCCAGAAUUGGCUUUUGAAAGUGCCAAGAUCCUCUGCUGUAUCUCUUGCAAUUCCAAUAUUCAGAUAAAAUUGGUUGGAGAUUUCACACAUGACCAGAGUGUAAGUCAGAAGCUGAUGGCUGGAUUUGUGGAGUGUUUGGAUAGUGAAGAUACAGAAGAAUUUGUACGUCUAGAAGAGGGAUCAGAACUUGAGAAGAAAUUAGCUGGAAUCCGUCAUGAAACGAGAAUCCACAUCUUGAAUCUUCUCAUCACCUCUCUGGAACGCAAUCCACCCAAUCUUGCUCUCUACCUUUUGGGCUUUGAAUUGAAGAAACCUGUCAGUACCACAAACCUACAAGACCCAGGAGUGCUAGGUUGCCCUCGGACAUGCCUUCACGCCAUCUUAAACAUCUUGGAGAAGGGAACUGAAGGGAGAACAGGCCCGGUGGCAGUGAGGGAAUCUCCUCAACUUGCUGAGCUGUGUUACCAGGUGAUAUAUCAGUUGUGUGCGUGCUCUGAUACAUCUGGUCCUACUAUGAGAUACUUGAGAACCAGCCAGGAUUUCUUAUUUUCUCAGUUGCAACAUUUACCUUUUUCUAACAAAGAAUAUGAAAUAUCUAUGCUGAACCAAAUGUCAUGGCUGAUGAAGACUGCCUCAAUAGAACUAAGGGUAACUUCUCUGAAUCGUCAGCGGUCACAUACCCAGAGGCUCCUACACCUCUUACUGGAUGACAUGCCGGUGAAACCAUACUCAGAUGGGGAAGGAGGAAUAGAAGAUGAAAAUAGAUCUGUCUCUGGGUUCCUGCAUUUUGACACUGCUACAAAAGUGCGUCGAAAAAUUCUAAGUAUUCUCGACUCCAUUGACUUCAGUCAGGAGAUUCCUGAGCCUUUGCAGUUAGAUUUCUUUGAUCGAGCCCAGAUUGAACAAGUUAUUGCUAACUGUGAACACAAGAAUUUACGGGGACAGACGGUCUGCAAUGUCAAGCUUCUCCAUAGAGUUCUGGUAGCAGAAGUAAACGCCCUUCAGGGUAUGGCAGCCAUAGGACAGAGACCUCUACUGAUGGAGGAAAUCAGCACUAUACUUCAGUAUGUGGUAGGAAGAAACAAGCUGCUGCAGUGUCUUCAUGCAAAACGGCACGCACUGGAGUCAUGGAGGCAGCUGGUAGAAAUUAUACUGACAGCUUGUCCCCAGGACCUCAUUCAGACAGAGGAUCGACAACUGAUUAUUCGUGAUAUUUUACAAGAUGUGCAUGAUAAGAUACUGGAUGAUGAAGCAGCACAGGAGUUAAUGCCAGUGGUGGCAGGUGCUGUGUUCACCCUGACUGCUCACCUCAGCCAAGCCGUUCGCACAGAACAGAAGCAACCAUUGGUCUUGGGACCCGGAGAGGCCCAUUAUGUGCUUAUGCUUGAUAGUCCUUUCACCUCACCUCCUCCAGCAGAAAAUCCAGUGGUGGGCUUUGCUUCUAUUGGCGAUUCUUCACUUCACAUCAUAUUGAAGAAACUGUUAGACUUCAUUUUGAAGACAGGUGGCGGAUUCCAGCGAGUGAGGACACACCUGUAUGGCUCUCUGCUUUAUUACUUACAGAUUGCCCAGAGACCAGAUGAACCAGAUACCUUAGAAGCAGCCAAGAAAACGAUGUGGGAAAGGCUGACAGCCCCUGAAGAUGUAUUUAGUAAAUUACAGCGGGAAAACAUAGCCAUCAUUGAGAGCUACGGUGCUGCCCUCAUGGAAGUGGUCUGUCGAGAUGCUUGUGAUGGUCAUGAAAUUGGAAGGAUGCUGGCACUGGCUCUACUUGAUCGGAUUGUCUCCGUAGACAAGCAGCAGCAGUGGCUUCUGUAUCUUUCUAACAGCGGCUAUUUGAAGGUGCUUGUGGACAGCUUGGUAGAAGAUGACCGCACUUUGCAAAGCUUACUCUCUCCACAACCUCCCCUUUUAAAAGCACUUUAUACUUACGAAUCCAAAAUGGCAUUUCUCACAAGAGUGGCUAAGAUACAGCAGGGUGCUUUAGAGCUGCUGAGAUCUGGGGUGAUUGUGAGGCUGGCACAGUGCCAAGUCUAUGACAUGCGCCCAGAAAUGGACCCACAGGGCAUGUUUGGUAUGAGAGACCCCCCAGUGUUCAUCCCUACUCCGGUGGACCGGUACCGCCAGAUUCUCCUUCCAGCUCUUCGCUUGUGCCAGGUCAUCCUCACGUCUAGUAUGGCCCAGCACUUGCAGGCAGCAGGGCAGGUGUUACAGUUUCUCAUUUCACAUUCCGACACCAUACAAGCAAUCCUGCGCUGUCAGGAUGUUAGUGCUGGGUCUUUGCAGGAACUGGCUCUGCUGACAGGAAUUAUAAGUAAAGCAGCACUUCCUGGUAUAUUAAGUGAACUUGAUGUUGAUGUAAAUGAAGGCUCUCUAAUGGAGUUACAGGGGCAUAUUGGAAGAUUCCAGCGCCAAUGCUUAGGACUACUAAGUCGCUUUGGUGGCUCUGACAGACUGCGUCAGUUUAAAUUUCAAGAUGGUAACGUGGAGGGGGAUAGAGUGAGCAAGAAAGAUGAGAUCGAACUGGCUAUGCAGCAGAUCUGUGCCAAUGUCAUGGAGUAUUGCCAGUCCCUCAUGCUACAGAGUUCCCCUGUACAGAGUGCCGUGUGUCUCUUCACCCCCAGCCUGUCGGAAACCAUUAACAGAGAGGGGCCCCGGCAAGAUACCCAAGCCCCAGUGGUUCCAUACUGGCGCCUGCCUGGUUUGGGCAUUAUUGUCUACCUGCUGAAACAGAGUGCUAACGAUUUCUUCAGCUAUUAUGACAGUCAUCGAAGGAGUGUCAACAAGCUACAGAACGUGGAGCAACUUCCCCCAGAUGAAAUAAAAGAGUUGUGUCAGUCUGUGAUGCCUGCUGGUGUUGAUAAAAUCUCCACUGCCCAGAAAUAUGUUCUAGCAAGACGGCGUUUGGUGAAGUUGAUCAACAAUCGAGCUAAAUUGCUUUCCCUUUGUUCUUUUAUCAUAGAGACCUGCCUGUUUAUUCUUUGGCGCCAUCUGGAGUACUACUUGUUACAUUGCACUCCCACAGAUUCUCAGGAUUCGUUGUUUGCCUCCAGGACCUUGUUUAAAGGCAGAAGACUACAAGAUUCCUUCGCUUCAGAAACCAGUCUGGAUUUUAGAAGUGGGCUGACUGUAGUGAGCCAACAUGAUAUUGACCAGCUUCAGGCUGACGCCAUCAAUGCUUUUGGAGAGUCACUACAGAAGAAACUUCUGGACAUUGAAGGAUUGUAUUCAAAAGUUCGAUCUCGCUAUAGUUUCAUACAAGCUCUUGUCAGACGCAUCCGAGGCCUGCUGAGGAUAUCACGGAACUGAGAGCUGGUGCUUGUCCUCUUCUGAGGAAGAGAUGAAUUGGGGAAACCUGUCUCCUUUUUAUAGUUUCUUUCUAAAUUAUGACCAAAAGAUAUUUUGCUAUUUCUUUCUUUAUAUAUGGACAUCUUUUCUGUAAACUUCUUUGCCUGGUUCCAUCUUCACUAGUGAAAAAAAUAAAUACUUUUUUAAAAAAAA